AUGGUGUUGGACAAGAGAAAUCAAAACAGCCUUGUGAAUCCCAGUAAAAGCAAGCAGGGCAGUAAGGCUGCUGAAGGCUACCACAAGAGGGAGCUGCUCAAACCUACUACCUUCUUCAACCACAGCUUUGAACUGCCCUACAGUAACCCCUACUUUGAGCCAACACUCAACUCUCCUCUUCAGGACAGGAGGAGGGUGAAACAUGAGAGCCUGGACGACCUGCAGGCCUCCACAUACUUUGGUCCGACUACGGUCUCUGAGAGCAUCAGCAGCAGGAAGCACAGGAACAAAGCAGGGAAGCAGCCGUCGUGGCCCGUGAAGAGCCUCAGUCUCAACACAGAAGAGGGGCCUCCAGAACCUGAGAGAUCCUUUCUGAACAGCAAACCACUCAAAGAAAACCAUCAUCGCAAUGUCACCAUCCGAAGAACUGACAAUGAUCAGCAUUUUCAGAGCCCAAAAGAAAAGGUGGUAGUUUCUCCUUCUGGCUUUGCAAAGAAAAGUGAAGGAAUAAAAAGCAAGGAUGUAGCACUGGUGGCGAGUGGGCCGGUGGGUUUGGAGAAAAGAGAAGCAGCCAAAAGGUUCAGGGGCAAAAACAGUCCUUCCUUUCAGGGAGUGGAAAGCUCCUCUAGUGUUGGGACUCAAACAGAGCAGGCUGAGAAGAAGAAGGGGAAGGAAUACCCAGCGAAGUACAGUGACAGAGAAAGACACGCCUUCCAACAUUGUGAGGAGGACUCUGAGAUGGUCAGCGAUGACAUAAGCGACAUUUUCCGUUUUCUGGAUGAUAUGAGUGUUUGUGACUCAUUGGGAGUUGUUCAAUCGUCCUGCUACAACAGUAAUGGUUCCCUCUCUCAGGUAACGCUGAAGUCUGAAGGUGAGAGCUCCCCUGAACGCAACACGGUCAAACUAGCCAAGUCCAAGCUAGACCGCCUCUUCCAUUCGCUUGAAAACACAGACGAUGAGCUAAAAUCCAGCGUGUGCAAGCUGGCCAUGAGGAUCGGAGAAAUUGAAAAGAAGCUGGAGUCUCUGUCGGGGGUCCGCAGUGAGAUCUCCCAGGUGCUCACCAAGCUCAACAAGCUGGACGAGAAGAUCCAGGAGCCUGAGGCCAACGGGAGGCACGGGGGGGCGCCGUCAACAUCUGGAUCCAAUGCCACCCCGGACAAGUUGCACCCCAACCCUCAUCCACAUCCCGACAUCACGCUCUCACCUCGUGUUUUCCAGUGCCACACCACCGGUCACAACGUUAAAGUGGACAAUAGCCCCUCAGCCGAGUGGGGCUGCUCCGAUGGGAACAGUUAUAGCCUCAGGGUCAAAGCUCUGAGGAAGAGCAUGUUCACCAGGAGGUCGUCCCACUCCCUCAACGAGGAGAACAGUGCAACCGAGUCAAAGGUCGCCAGCAUAACCAACUCUCCCCGGGACUGGAGGACAGUGUCUUACUCCUGCCACCCUGGAGACGAUGGCAAGGACAGACAGCGGAAAGGAAAAGAGGUAGGACUGUUUUGA